UGCAAUUCGCCAAAUGGCUCUCUCUCUCUCUCUACUUCCAAAGUGAUUUUCUUCUCUCUCAAAAUGGAAUGGACAAAUACGGAUAUUUAUUGCUCUCCCCUGCCAUUUCUGGAAAUUCUUAAUAGGCGAUUUGUGGAACUGGAAUGGUUGGAAAAUGACGCUGAGGGGUUUCUUGAGGAUGUUUAUGGUGAGUAUUUCAGGGAUGCUGCUAAAAUUCUUGGCUUAAUGGGGGCAGAACUGAAACAACGUCCCUACCAUAUCCCUGAGAUAAAGAGGCUCCUUAAUCGAUUCAAGAAAAAAACCAUCAGUAUAGGAGCUGUAAAAGUGAAGCACCAAAUCAAUUGCAUGUGGCAAAACUUGAAGUGUGGAGAUUUUGAAGCGUUAACGUUUGUGUUUGAGGGUAUUAAACGGGAAAAUGAACUUGUGCAGUUUAGGCUGGAGAGCUACUUCAAGGUGAGGAAGCAAGGUCCACCUGCUGAGAUAGAGGACCGACCUGAGUACGGGUAUAUGGAUACUGACAGCGAGUAGGAAGUGGCAUCUCGACCAGGAAACCUUCAGAAAACCAGUUUGUCAAGUUAAUGGAUGUGAGUGGAUGUAGUAGGUAAAUGUAUAUGUGGAAAUAAAUGGGAACAAGAGAAAGCAACUUCAGUCUGCCUUCUUUGUAUCCCUAGUUGUAGUGUGAAUAACUUAAGUAACUGAUCUGAGGUCUACUUUUGGUCAUGUAACUCUGUAAUCUAUUUUCAUGUUGCUUAAUGCAAGUGUGUGAGAUGUCUCUUUCUAUG